AUGAUGCAAAUGGUUGGAAGUUUGAUGUAUUUGCUUGCUACUAGGCCUGACUUAGCUUACUCAGUAUGCCUUGUAGCUAGAUUCAUGGAAAGGCCAACUGAAAUACACAUAGCAGUAGUCAAAAGGAUUAUGAGGUAUGUUAAAGGGACAGUUGGAUAUGGCUUGCUAUACAAGAAAACCAAUAUAGAAAUGCAACUCAAUGGAUGGACAAACUCUGAUUAUGCAGGGGAUCUUGAUGACAGAAAAAGUACAUCUGGAUAUGUUUUUAUGUUAGGGGAAGGUGCUAUUUCAUGGUCUUCCAAGAAGCAGCCCAUUGCGACUCUUUCAACAACAGAAGUUGAAUUCAUUGUUGCUGUCUCAUGCUCCUGUCAAUGUAUCUGGAUCAACAAUGUGCUAAAGCAUUUGAAGGUUAAGCAAAACAAGUCUACUAUAUGA